AUGCCGCCCAGGCACCUCCACGAGUGUGAGUGUCACCGCGUGCAGACUUCAGUGGAGGCGACUGUGCCUCCCCCACACGUGCCCACGUCAGUUCAGAGAGAUGCCCAAAGAGUCAGCUCAUUGCCAUGUGCAAGGGAGGAGCAGUCAGCCCAGGAGAGCACUGCACCUCAGCUUGGACAUCGCUCUGGGUGCAUGUAUGCGCGUGAGCACAUGGGUGUAGACACCUGGUCCCCAGCCACUUUGGGGAGAGGUUAUCCCCCAGCUCUCGCCGUGGCUCAGACCCAAGCCCACCGUCUUACCCCCCAGCCCCCACCCCUCGCAUGGGCUGGCGGGAGGGCAGGCUCUUCUCUGGGCUGUGUUUCCUGCUCUCUGGGGGGCAUCUCAGUGAACGUGAACUCACUCAUUUAA